CAACUUCGUAGCUCUGGCCUCGGGCGACUGGCGCAGGUCGCCGUCCGUGCGGCGUGCUUUCUUUGAGCGACGCGGCAUCCUCCGGUCCCGGAUGGGUCGGGAAGGACAAGUUCCCGCAAAGGCGGACGUACAAGCCGAGUUUUGAAGGGAGGGAAGGAGCCCACCGCUCAAAGCCGAGGCAUCGUGGGUGGGCAGAGGGGCCAGCGAGUGCGAGGCAGCCCAUCCCGCACUGUAGAAGAGGGAUGAGCAAGUGCGCGGUGGUUGGGGGCCCGAUGGUCAGCCGAGAACCGCAGCCGGGAUGAAGCUCUUUGAACACCAGGAGCCGGCUUUACCCUGGAAGCAAGGAAGGGCCAAUGAAAAGAGGCACCUUCAGACUUGUAGUAGAAAAGUAUCUAUUUGCCAGAUGGGGCUGAGGCCACAGGUAUUUGCCUGGCAAGACACAGGGUCCCUCAGCUGGAGCCCUGGGAUCUUUUGAAAGAAGAGGGCUCACAGGGCCAGGGAAAGCAAGAUUUCAGCUGACGUUUGAAAGAUGAACAACCAGCCAAAAGUGGGAGUGGGCAAGGACUGCCAGAUCCCCUGUAUUCAUCCUUCAUGAUUGUCCCAGGCUUCCUCUUGCACUGGUCUCUGGGCUGGUGCCUUCCUAAGUAUCUGCUGCAGGUUCUCAAACCCUUGAGGGAGUAAUGGGAGAGACUGCACAGAAAAGGCGAAUGCUUAAAGUGGUCCUGCAGGUCUGAUAACCUUGGCGCUCGUACCAACAACCAAUUUCUACUGCCAGUGCCUGGCUUUGAAACUUGUGGCAAACCUGCCCAGUGUAGCCAGUGAAACUUGGGCAAGGUCCAGAUCAGAGGUGGCAGGAGCUGAACAGAUUCACAGGUCAUAUGGCCAAGAGGAAAAAGUGAGGGGCCCACCUAGGAUCCUCCUGGGAAAAUAAUUUUAGUCCACUGCACUCCUCUCUUAGUCCUGGGUGCAGACUCCAUGGUCUUCCUAUCCAGGAACCUCCUGAUCAAGUUCUGGGUGCAUGACCCUUGCCUAGGGCCUGGAUUCUAUAGCUGCAUUGCCUUGAACUCCAAAGACUACCCCUUCCCUCCCUGGCAGUUUUUUUCUGAAUAAGUCACACCCUAUCUGUUAAAUGGGAGCUUGACACAAGGGCCACCAAACAAGGUAAUGCUGGGGUGGGCUCCUUCCUAAGGCUUUUCCUUGAGUAUGGGGAUGCCCAGGCACCCAAAGGUAGCCUGGGAUAGGGAGCUGUAGCUUCCAGGAGGUCACCAAAAUUCUCCACUGGAGUCUUUCCUGCCCCUCCCUUCUAGAUUAACCGAAACCUGCUAAUUGUGGCAGCCUCACACUCUCCCCUCCCCCACAACCUCUUCCUCCCUUCCCCUCCCCCUUCUAUCCGAAUGAUAAAGGGCCCUGCCCGCCUGCCCCAGCCCGGCCUCAGGCCCUGGCCCUACCUCAACACACUACCCGUGGCCCUUCCCUAGGCCAGGCCUCGAUCCACGACGCCUGCCUCCCCUACAUGGGGCCCUGCAGGGACUCCAGCCUGGGGCCCCCGGAGGCAGAGGCCCCGUCGAAGGCCCCAAAGAGGAGGAAGAAGAGAUACCUUCGGCAUGACAAGCCCCCUUAUACCUACUUAGCCAUGAUCGCUUUGGUGAUUCAGGCGGCACCCUCCCGCAGGCUGAAGCUGGCCCAGAUCAUCCGUCAGGUCCAGGCCAUGUUCCCCUUCUUCAGGGAUGACUACGAGGGAUGGAAAGAUUCUAUCCGCCACAACCUUUCCUCCAACCGGUGUUUCCGCAAGGUGCCCAAGGACCCUGCGAAGCCCCAGGCCAAGGGCAACUUCUGGGCGGUGGACGUGAGUCUGAUCCCAGCCGAGGCGCUGCGCCUGCAGAAUACCGCUCUGUGCCGGCGCUGGCAGAACCUGGGUGCACACGGAGCCUUCGACAAGGACCUGAGCCCCUAUAUUCUUCACGGCAGGCCCUAUCGGCCACCCAGUCCUCUAUUGCCCUCCAGGGAAGGUUUUAGCAUCAAGUCCCUGCUAGGGGACUCUGGAAAGGGAGCAACAUGGCCCCAGCAGCCUGUCCUCUCUGGACAGAGCAACCUAACUCAGGCAGGCAUGGGGUCUAGUGUAAAGGGGGGGCCCACUGCAUCCCCAGUCUCCUCUGAGAGGUCUCUUUGGCCCCUCUGUUCAUUUCCGGAGUCCUCAGGAGUGAAGGGGGAAACUUCCCAGGGGGUAGCCAUCAGGCCUUCCCCAGAGCCAGGGACAUGGCCCCUCCACUUACUGCAGGGUACUCCAGACCCCAUGAGAACAUCCGGUGGGGGGUGCAGAACCUCUUUGUGGGGACAGCUGCCCACCUCAUACUUGCCUAUCUACACUCCCAAUGUGGUAAUGCCCUUGGCCCCAUUACCCCCCACCUCCUGUCCUAGGUGUCCACCUUCAACCAAUCCAGCCUGCUGGGGGGUAGGUCCUGAAUCCCGAGGGUCCCGGGGGCUGCUCAGUGAUUUAGACUCCCUUUUUCAGGGGAUGCCACCCAACAAGAGCAUUUAUGAUGUGUGGGUCAGCCACCCUCGGGACCUGGCUUUCCCUGCCCCAGGUUGGCUGCUCUCCUGGUAUAGCCUAUGAGGUUCCCAGGACCCAGGUUGCUUUUCCUCCUGUCAGCAACAGUUUGAUGGAAAAUGAGAGCUAGGAAUGUAUCCACAACAAACAGCUUUGAAGUUCCAAGCACAGCCUUGCUGAGAAUCCACCUUUAUUGGGUUACUACAGAAAGAGUUGUGGCUCAGCUGAGCACAACCAUGGCCCUAGUCAGUCAUGGCUUUGCCUCCUCCACACCAACAGACAAGGCAUGGAGUCUCAGGUCCUAACCCAUGUAUCUACUCAUCCAUCCAUCACAAUCUGUAGCCACCCCUCCCUGGCUCCAGGCUGGGGGAGGGAGAACCUUAAAGGUGGGUCCAGCCUUAAGUCCUGUCCUCCCUCAACUGUAUGAGAAGGAUGUAGCACCUUUUGGGGAAAGGAAAUAAAAAACUGGACCCUAACAUUGUUCUGGGGUGAUGGAAGUGGGGAGAUAACAGUAAAGAA